GACAGGGCACGCUUUCGCUUUUCUUCACAGUUACGCUGGUCAUUAUAUUAUAAACACUCACAAUUUUCCAACUGUGUCUUCUGAACACGGGCUGCAUUGAGGCUAUAUGUUCGGAAUAUCACUAAAUUAGUUACCUAUUUACGCAGCGCUAGCACUGUCGGUACAGCACAUACACAGACCGCUAGAGCAGAAAUGGAGCGACCGGUGUUUACUUUCGGCAUAAUAGCUGACAUUCAAUACGCAGACAUAGACGAUGGCUUAAACUUCCUGAGAACAAGGAGACGCUAUUACAGGAAUAGUCUUCAACUGUUGCGCAAUGCGAUCCAGAGUUGGAACGAGGAGCACGUUAAACCCGGCUUUAUUCUUCAGCUCGGGGACAUUAUCGAUGGUUACAAUAAGAAUUAUGAGGCUUCGGAUCGAGCCUUAGAAACGGUUGUCAGUGAAUUUAACAACAGUUCAAUAGAGGUACAUCAUGUGUGGGGUAAUCACGAAUUUUACAACUUCAGUAGAAAAACUCUUUUCGCCUCUCCAGUAAACAGCGGAGCACCAGCCGAAACCGGAAGUAGCCUUAUUGGUGACGGAAUUUAUGCGUAUCACUUCAGCCCCGCCCCCAAGUUUCGAUUUGUAGUUCUUGAUGCGUAUGACACGAGCAUCAUCGGAAGAGAUCCAUCCAGUGAAAAGUACAAUACGUCAAUGAAACUGUUGAAGGAACACAACACAAAUCCUGAUCUCAACAUCCCUCCAGUGUAUAAGGGGUUAGAUCAAAGGUUUGUGAAAUUUAAUGGAGGAUUCAGUCAAGAACAGCUUGUGUGGCUUGAUGAAGUCUUAUCCCUUGCUGACCAGAAACACGAGAAAGUAACUAUCGUCAUCUUCCUGUUCACCCAAACUCUACAGACCCAGUUUGCCUUGCUUGGAACUAUGAUGCGAUGCUCUCUAAUCUUCACUCUCAUAAGAGUGUGGUUUGCUUUAUGGCGGGACAUGACCAUGAUGGAGGCUAUCACAGAGAUUUGUCUGGCAUUCACCACCUUACACUGGAAGGGGUGAUUGAAACUUCUCCAGACAGUAAUGCCUUUGGGACUGUUUAUGUCUACGAGGAUCAGAUGGUUCUGAAGGGCAAUGGAAGGAUAUCAGACAGAAAUCUCAAGUAUCCAUGAGCCCCUAUAUGACAGAGAAUACAGUCAUUAUCAGUAAUUAUUGUGAAUGAAAAUAAACAUGCCAUUUUGCAUGAUAAUCUCAAUUUUUACUUACAUAGUGUUGUUAUAUUUUAUAAAUCUGUUCAUAUAAUGAUGUUCCAUUUAGAAAGAAC